AUGACCACGCUGAUGACCAGAUUGAAACAAAGCAUACACUCAACAAGGGACUUUGCAGCCUUCCUCAAGGAACGAUCCGCCCUCGAGGAGAAGCAUUCGCAGGGCUUAAAGAGACUGAGCCGGGCCACACAUGACUCGAUCGGACGACCCGAGGGCAGACAAGGCACCUUCGCCGACAACUACAAAGAGGUCACAAGCAUCCACGAGAGAAUUGCCGACCAUGGCCUUCAGUUCUGCAACUCGCUCUUCGGCAUGUCGGAAGAACUAUACGAGCUGGCAGCCAACACCGAAAAAGGCCGGAAGCACUGGAAACAGGCGGGCAUGAGUGCGGAAAAGCGAGUACAGGAUGCAGAGGCAGCGAUGGAGAAGGCCAAACACCGGUACAACUCGCUAGCCGAGCAGUACGAUCGAGCCAGGACCGGCGAGAGACAGUCAGGCGUGUUCAGCCUGAAAAGAUCCGCCGCCCAGGCGGAGGAGGACUUGCGACUUAAGCUUGAAGCUGCCGAUGCCGACUACUCUGCCAAAGUGGACGCUGCGCAGACGCUGCGGAAUGAGCUGCUGAGCACUUACAGACCCCAGACCAUCAAUGCUCUACAGGAGUUGACGAGGGAGAUCGACGCAGGCCUGAGUGGGCAGGUGCAGAAAUUUGCCAACUUGAGCGAGAAACUGAUGCUGGGAUUUGGCCUCUGCGUGACGCCCAUGAAGGGACAGCCGUCCGUUCCUGGCCAACCGUCCAGGAGUCUUCGCGAAGCGGCUUCGAGUAUCAGUAACGAGCGAGAUUUCAUUGACUUUGUGCUCGGGUCGAGCAAUAAAGCUCCCCCACGAGCGGCCGAGAUCAAGUACGAGAAACAUCCCUCGUUCUCUCCGAAACAACAGCAGCCGGACUAUUCGGAUGACAACUAUCCAUCUGCGCACUCUAGGCAAGUAUCUGGCGUGACUCCUUAUCCGGGCGACGAAUAUGGCGACGAACUGUCGCAGCCUCCACCGGGGAGAAAUCCUGGAGGGCCCCGACCAAAUAUGCCACCGCAAGGAGGUCCUCCAGGUGCCGGACGACCGCAAUCAUCGAAUGGUGGCAAUCUGGGCAGUGAGCAGUCUCAACCUCCGCGGAGCCCCUCGCCGCAACCAGGGCCGCCCGGCGCUCAAGGUGGCCAAGGGCCGCCAAUGGGACGCGGCCAACCACCGAUGGGUCGCGGACAGGGGCCACCUGGGCCGGGCAGAGGACGAGGUGCCGCGCCCCCAGGUGGAGUGGGUAGGGGCGAGCCUCCUCAAGGUAUGGGACGAGGUGCCGCGCCUCCGGGUGGAGUAGGUAGAGGUGAGCCUCCCCAGGGUAUGGGACGAGGCGCCGCGCCUCCAGGUGGAGUGGGUAGAGGUCAACCUCCGCCAGGCGGUAUGAACCAGGGGCAAGGUCCGCCAGGCGGGACGAACCAAGGUCAACCGCCUCCGGGCGGCAUGGGCAGGGGCCAAGCACCACAAACACCAACGCCCCCAGGCCAAGGUGCACUGGGCGGGCCAGGUCCUGCGCCACAAGGCGCCGCAGGACGUGGACAACCACCACCUGGCGGAAUGGGACGGGGAGCGCCGCAGGGUGGAAUGGGACGAGGUCAACCACCACCUGGGAUGGGCCGAGGACAAGGACCGCCAGGUCCAAGUGGCAACGGUCAACCUCAGCAACCAGGUACGCCGCCUCAAGGCGCCGGCCGUGGAACGCCAGGUCCCGGACCGGGCGGACCUCCCAACGGCGCACCGCGGCCAGGAGGUGUCAGUGCACUUCCGUCAAGGCAGCCUGUCCCGAAAGCUGGUCCGCCUGUUCGUCCUGUGUUUGGAGUCUCUCUCGACGAGCUAUUCCAGCGGGAAGGGUCGGCCGUGCCCUUCAUCGUCAUGCAAUGCAUCCAAGCAGUCGACAUGUACGGGCUCAACGUUGAAGGCAUCUACAGAACCUCUGGCUCGGCGAACAACAUUAUGGAAUUGAGACAGAAAUUCGAUCAUGACGCCAAUUCAGUAGACCUUCGCACUCGCGGGGCAGACGAUAUUGCCUCGGUCACCACUUUGCUCAAACAUUUCCUUCGAGACUUGCCGGAUCCAUUACUUACCGCGGCGCAGUAUCGAGAAUUCAUCCAAGCCGCCAAGUUGGACGAUGCUGUACAGCGCAGGGAUGCAAUCCACGCGCUUGUCAACGCGCUGCCCGAUCCUAAUUACGCCACUCUCAGGCUCCUGACAAUCCAUCUCCACAAGGUCGCACAGCACAGUGGCAGCAACAAGAUGACCCACAAUAAUUUGGCAAUUGUUUUUGCGCCGACCCUGAUGGGCCAGCGAGCCGGCGUCAAUGGGAAUGGACCGGGAAGUGCGGACAUUGCGGACUCUGGGUGGCAGGCUAAAGUCGUGGAGACCAUCCUAGACAAUACCUUCCAGAUCUUUGAUGCUGACGAAUGA